AUGACAGUUCUUCGGGUGCACGUCCGAUCAGUUCUAUCGAAGACUAUUCCAUGGCCAGUCCGGAAGUGCCUCUCCCGAUUUGACACUGGCUCGUCCUUGAGGCAAUUGCAAGUGAAGAAGUUGGUGAGCAGUACGAGGUACGAGGUGUGCGUCAUGCUACUGAUCAUGGCCAACUCGAUCUUCCUGGGCUACCAGGUGGAGCACGAGGCGCACACCCGGCAGCAACUCCACAGGACCCUGGAGAUCGAGGCCUGCUUCUGCGCCGUGUUCACCCUGGAGCUGGCCGUGAAGGUCUACGGCAUGGGCUGGUCCUUCUGGAUGGGCAGCGACGCGUCGUGGAACUACUUCGACAUCUUUGUCGUGACGCUGAUGCACCUGGACUUUUUGGUGGGCGUGUCCAGGCCGACGACGGAGUCGUCGCUGUGGUCGCAGGGGCAGGUCCUCCGCGUCCUCCGCGUCCUCCGGGUCGUCAGGUUCCUGCGGUCGGUGAGGCAGCUGAAGUUCUUCAUGCAGUUGCGGAUCAUGAUCCGGUCCAUCAUGUUCUCGCUGCGGCCAUUGCUCUGGGCCACUAUCGUUCUCAUGGGCAUGUUCUACGUUUUCGGGAUCAUCCUGACUCAGGGAGUGAUCGACAGCCUGAAGGAGCAUGACUCGUGGGACGACGAGACGAGCAAAGAGUUGCGAUCAUACUUUGGCACCCUCGAGAGCACCGCGCUCUCGCUGUUUCAAGCGAUGUCUGGUGGCAUUAACUGGGGAGACCUUUUCGCCGCCCUGUCGCCCCUGGCUUCGCACUUCAAGUUUGUCUUCUUGUUCUUUGUCCUUUUCGCCAUCUUCGGUGCAUCCAACGUGUCCGCGGUUUUUUGUGGAGAUCGCCAACCACUGGGCCCGCAACGACAAGGCCACGCAGGAGCAGGACGCCAUCGACAGGAGGCUCACGAGCAUCAGGAGGCUGUACGAGCUCUUCGACGAGCUGGAUCCGGGUGGCCACGGCACCGUGACGUUUGA